CUCGCUUCGGUGGUGGGGGCUUCAGUAGACGAGUGGGUCGGGGGGCCCGGGAAGAUGUGGCUUGCCGAGAGGGGCGACUCGUACUACCAAGGCGGGGAGUUCUUCACCCAACGCCUCAUCUACCGGAAGCUUGCGAAGCACUUCCAGGUGGCACCGGAGGAGUUCCGUCCAGAGGCUUAUGGCCUCCCCCCCCCCCCCCCCCCCGCCAGCCAGAUGUCAGGAUCCCACUCCCCGAGGGGGAAGAGAGGCCAGUUCUUGAAGACUCAGAGACCCUCCGGGAGUGCGGCCUUGGGGGUGAAGAAGAUGAAGC